AUGGGACUUUCUGAAUUAGAAAAGAAGAGAUUAGAAAAUAUCCGAAGAAACAAAGAGUUGUUACAGAAUCUUCAAUUAGAUUCCCUUAAAAAUGAAAUUGAUGCCAGUGCAAAAUCCAAGAAACAAAAAUCAACUUCUGGUCCUACAAAGAUAAAGAAAGAACCUGUUGAACCUACUAGAAGAUCCCGUCGUCUUGCAGGAAUAAAAUUUGCUUUAGAAAAUCCCGAUGAAUUUGAAAAACAGAGAAAAGAGGAAGAAGAAAUUCGUAAGAAGGAACAAGAAGCACGUAGAAAAAGAUUAAUUGGUGAUUUUAAAAUUCUGGAAUUGAUACCUGGCUCAGGACAUGAAGAGAAUUCUGAAGAGGAUAACAGAGUUUUAGAUCUCAUGAAAUCCUUAGGUGAUAAAUUUUCUGCAGGUGAUUUUUAUGAUCUUAUUAGGGAAAAGUCAUCUGGUGAGAAUACAACCUUGGAGAAACAACGUAAAGAAUUUGAUAAAUUGAACAUAUAUGAAAGAUUUGAUCCUUUGGAUAUUAAAAUUGCAGAAAAACGUAUAACUUCAAUUGCGUUCCAUCCGGCAAAAGAGGACAGAAUUGUUACUGCCGGGGAUACAGAGGGAAAUGUUGGUCUUUGGUUGGUAGAUGGCAAAUCAUAUGACGAUGCUCCUCUGAUAACGAUGUUGCGUCCGCAUGGUAAGAAUAUUUCCCGACUUGUCUUUCCAACGUUUUCUCCUGAAAAGCUUUUCUCGAGCUCAUAUGAUGGGUCAAUUAGGUCCUUAGAUUUGACGAAACAAGUCUCUACUGAAGUUCUUUUUUUGAGUGAUCCUGAUGAUGGUUCUGUCUUGGGGGUAAGUCACUUUGAACAAGUUGAUAAAAUUCUAUAUAUGACUACUUUAUCUGGAGAAUUCUGUCAACAAGAUCCAAGAGAAAGGACCAGAACAAGGUCAGGAAAUCGUGACUAUUUACGUCUUCAUGAUAAGAAAAUCGGUGGAUUUGCAGUCAAUCCAAAUAAUACCCAUCAAAUAGCGACAUCGUCAUUAGAUAGAAGUCUUCGAAUAUGGGAUUUACGUAAAGUUGGUUCAUCUGUUUAUUCUGAAUACGAAGAACAAAAAUCUCCUGAAUUAUACGGAAGCUACAGUUCAAGAUUGAGUAUUUCGUGUGCAAGUUGGAAUUCGGAAAAUCGUAUUGUCUGUAAUGGGUAUGAUGAUAAUAUAGCUUUAUUUGAUCUCAAUCAACAACCGAAUGUGAUGAAAGUUGAACCACCUGAAUUGCCAAACAAUUUGACACCGAUUAAAAAAAUCAGACACAAUUGUCAAACAGGACGUUGGGUUAGUAUUUUGAAAUCUUCCUGGCAGAGUAAUCCUGCUGAUGGAUUCCAGAAAUUUAUUAUUGCUAAUAUGAACCGAGGGUUGGAUAUUUUUGAUCAGGAAGGUAAUAUCAUUGCCCAUUUGAAUGAAAGUGUUGGUGCUGUUCCUGCUGUAUCUACUUUGCAUCCAACUCAAAAUUGGGCAGUUGGUGGUAGUGCCAGUGGUAAAGUUUAUUUAUUUGAAUAG